GAGUUCUGAUUUGCUAGAAAAUUGUAUCCUGAAUGCAUUGAUUGGAUCACAAAUUUAUAUGCCGAAAUCUUCUCAGAAAAUAUGGAAGUGGGGGACAGCUCUGCUUAGUAAGUUUACUGUUGAGACCUACCCUGCUGCCUCACCUCUCACCUAUGACAUCAAUGUCUCCGUCUGUCCUACCUACCUAAAUUAUGGGGCCAUGUUCCUUGCGCAGUCAACGGACUCGCUUUUACAAGUGUCGCGAUCACUACCGGUCCCGCCAGGAUGUCCGCUACCGUGAUCCUCGGUGCCGGUAUCAUCGGUGUAUCAACUGCUUACUACCUCUCCGAGCAUCAGCCCCCGUCGAGUGUUCACUUGGUUGAUCCUUCCCCCAAGCUGUUCUCAUCUGCCUCUGGGUUUGCAGGCGGUUUCUUAGCUGAAGACUGGUUCUCCCCUGCUGUAGCUUCCCUGGGCGCGCUAAGCUUUCAGCAACACCGGAAACUAGCAGAGAGCAGAGGCGGAAGACAGAAAUGGGGGUAUUCGACGAGCACCUCGGUCGGUUACACCGCAGCUACCAGGGACGGGGUCUCCAAAGCGAGAGUCGAUGACUGGCUUCGACGCGGGGCAAGCCGCGCCGAGACCGCUACGGCAGUCGUCGAUGACCUUGCCGGGAGGUCUCCCCCUUGGCUCCGGAGGAAGGCGGGUGAUUGCAUCGAGAUGCUCGGCAAGGAUGGGACAACCGCUCAGUUAGAUCCCCUUGAACUAUCGCAGUUCCUACUCCAGGAAUGCCUCAAUAGUGGCGUGCAGCUACACCACCCAGCGACAGCGCUAUCUGUCAGGACAGACGCCGUCCGCGGCGAACUGGCGAGCAUCCGCAUCGCCGCCACCCAGUCGUCCACCGAGACGGACAUUCCGUGCACUAGGGUUAUCAUCGCGGCGGGGGCCUGGUCGGCGCAGGUGUUCGAGACCCUUUUCCGCCAUUCCCAACUCAAGCUCCCGAUCUUGAGCUUGGCUGGGCAUUCCUUGGUCGUUGCUUCCCCGCGAUGGACCAAGGAGCUUGAGGACGCGGGAUGCCAUGCCGUCUUCACGACCAGUGGCCCAGGGUAUUCGCCCGAGAUCGUCUCCAGGAUCGGAGGCAACAUUUAUAUUGCCGGGCUGAACUCUUCGGCCAUCCCCCUGCCCGAACCCGCGGGCCCGGCCAAGGCCCAGGAGGCAUCCAUAGCCCGCCUGAAGCAGAGUGCCAAUGAGUUGUUGGGCUCAGACGCCGGCCACGACGAUCUCGAGAUUUUGAGAGAAGGGCUAUGUUUCCGCCCGGUGACACCGUCCGGGAAGCCCAUCAUCUCGCGGAUCCCGGAUGAACACCUUGGUAUUGGAGUCAACACUAGGGCCGGGGCGGACGGCGGGGUCUAUGUCGCGGCCGGGCAUGGUCCGUGGGGCAUCAGCCUCAGCCUGGGGACGGGCAUGGUCCUGGCCGAGAUGGCGCAGGGACGGACUCUAAGUGCGGAUGUCAGUGCCUUGGGACUGUGACAGCUGGAGAGCAAGUGCGGAGUUCUGCUUUGCGUGGAUAUGGGUUCCUCUAGUGAUGCAAGAUAAUAAAAAUAUCGUCAAUGUCAUUGCCACAUAUAUAUUAACCUUGGGACAAGUAAUCGUUCUGCCGUAUCUUCUCUGGUCUCCCCGGGCUCCGUGCCCUGCUCAGAGAACGGGUCCGUGCCCCGAGAAACUCUCCGGCACCGUAGCCCGCGCAGCCCGCCUCUGGAAAGAUUUC